GUCAAUCAGCAGGUCAGGGCCUGGAGUCCGGACAUGGAGCGGGGCGCCGGGCGCUUUCUCUCGGACAGCUCAUACAAGGAAAAUCUGAUUGGAACAUUGUUGGCCAUCUUCGGGAAUCUUGUCAUCAGCAUCUCUCUGAAUGUGCAGAAAUACAGCCAUGUGCGGUUAUCAGGCACCAAAGACCCUCGGUCGUAUUUCCGGACAAAGACUUGGUGGUUGGGACUGGUGCUGAUGUUACUAGGAGAGCUGGGAGUCUUCAUUUCAUAUGCCUUUGCUCCACUAUCGCUUGUCACACCACUCAGUGCUGUUUCCAUUGUUGCCAGUUCAAUUUUAGGAAUUCUGUUCCUGAGGGACAAGUGGAAACCCAAAGAAUUUCUGCGGCGUUAUGUACUGUCAUUCCUUGGCUGUGCUUUGACUGUGAUAGGAAUCUAUCUGCUGGUCACAUUUGGACCAAAUACUCAUGAGCAGCUUUCCAGCAGGAACCUGGAACUGCACCUUCUAGGAUGGCCAUUCCUCCUCUACCUGCUUGUGGUGAUCGUUAUUUUCUGCCUUCUCCUGUACUUCUACAAAAGACAAAAUGUGACCUAUCUUGUGAUUAUAUUGCUGUUGGUGGCUCUACUGGGAUCAGUGACUGUUGUUGCAGCAAAGGGUGUGUCAGGAAUGAUCAUUCUGUCGAUCCAGGGGAACAUGCAGCUGGUUUAUCCUAUAUUCUAUGUGAUGCUUGUGUGUAUGAUUGCAGCAGCAAUUUAUCAAGCAGCGUUUCUGCGAGAGGUCUCUGAGUUAUACGAUGCAUCCCAGAUUGCUAGCCUCAGCUAUAUUCUAUCCACAACAAUUGCUGUCAUCGCUGGGGCCACAUUUUAUUUGGAAUUCAAAGGUGCCGAUGCUCUUCACAUCUGCAUGUUCAUUUUUGGCUCCUGCAUCGCUUUCCUAGGAGUAUUUUUGACUACACAGAGUAAGAAGAAGAAGAUGUUUGAACCAUAUGUCGUGAUGGAUGUGAUUCCAGGACUGAGGAGCAUGUUUGAUAAGAAGAGCCCAGUACAGCCAGAACUCAGUGGCUCCUUCUCCUAUGGUACCUUGGAGAACAGCGGUAAUCCUGCUAAUAAUCAGCAGCUACCAGAAGCUCAUCAGGAACCAAUUGCAGUUCACUCAGUCAUGGAGUCAAAGUUGGAGUGAACUGAGCCCAACAGGAGAUAGUGAAACCUGGCCCACUCCCAGUUUCUCGCGAAUACUGCAGCCUGUGGUGAAUGGAGCAGCAUGACUGCAGAUUGGACCAACAGUGCCUCUUCAGCUCCUGUUCUGUUGCUCCCGGGUCUGUUGGUGCAACAGGAAAUUUGUACUUGCACUAUACGCAGAAUGCAACCAUGGACUGGGUUCUGGAUCCAGCCAGUGUUCUGAGAUCCCCAGUCUACUCCUCACCCUCAUUCAAUUGGUUUAUCUGCUUUACUCCUGGGUCUUGCGUGGUCACCUGGGUUACUGCCCAGCUCCUGACUUGACCAUUAGUCAGUCUCGAGCUCCUGCAAACAGUGGGGUUCUUUAUUGAAAAUGGAAAGCUUCAGGUUUAUCAAGUUAUUUAAUGUAUUUGCUUUGUGCUGUAUGAAACAGUAGAGUUCCUGUUUUGAUUUGGGAGAGUUCAUGUUUUAGUUUUUUAUAUAUAAAGAUUAGUGCUGAUGGUUUUCUGCACUUAAUCCCAGUGAAUGAAGAAAACUGGGCUGAAGAUUAGGGAGGCAAAUAAAUCAAAGUGAGCGUGGACUGCCGUGCACUUGGAGCUCACUGCAUUCAAGCAGAAUCAUGUAUACACAGUUAGUUGGCGUAUCUAGAGAAAAACAGAUGAGAUGGAGGGUGAAGGAGGGACAUGAUUGGAGAUGUGGCAUAAGAUAUGGGCCGGUGGACAUGGAGACCAAGAGUUGCAUGUGGAGAUGGAUGGAGGGCUGCUGGGUAGAUGCAGAGGAGUGUGGGGAUGAUAGUGUGUUGGAGACUGAUUUGUGUAGAAGAAGAUUAGAUGGCCAGGGUCAGUGUUCUUCUCCAGUAGCAAAUGGCCUUUUGCUAGCUCUUUGCAAAAGCGCUCAUUGACUUAUGGGUAAAUGUGUGGAGCAUGAGAGCUGAAAGUGAGAGUCUGCAGGGCGAUUCUACUUGUGCCCACACUGACAGCUUAGAAUUAUUAAAUAGUAACACUACCUCAGCAGUUAUAUUCACCUCACCUCUAGACUUUUGUUCUUUUAUCCUUUUUUGGAUCAAGACGAUGUUGUGGGACUUUUCGAUGUUACACUUUAAGGGAUAAAUGAUACCUUGACACUAAAAGCAAUUUAGAGGCUAGUAUCAGUAGGAUCUCUGUAGACCCUGUGUAGACAGGGAACGAUACUAAUGAAAAUGUUCUAAGAAGGCCUUGGAUGAUGACAGUGUAGGGCAGAGAUUGAAAAAUAAGUAUUCAGCAACACCUGGGGUGAGAUUGAUUGAUUGUUUAUACUCUGACAGGUUGAAGGACAUAUGAACCAAUGACACAGAGGAACAUCUUUAUCUCUGAAGGAAGGUUGGAAUAUAGAUAAGAGGGUGCUGAUAGUAUAAGGGUAAUCAUGCAUGCUAAAGAGGCUUGCUUCAGUCUAAUAAAUCAGACAGAUCUCUCCCUGCGUCGCUUGAAUAAAAUCUUUAUAAAAUCAUUUUCUUAGUCUCCAUUAUAUUAUCUUGUUAUGGGCCAGGCUGGACCCCCUUAAAACAUUUCAAGACAGCAGCUUGGGCCCUAACUUUGCUGGUUGUUUUAAGCAGGUGUAGAGUGCAUAUUCCAGGACUGAUGCAGCUGGCCCAACCACUUAGUUUUAAACAAAACAAUUUAUUGCAAGAUUACCAAAUGAAACACAAACAAAAGAGAACAGAAUAACUUAACCUAUCAGAAAACCCAAUAGAUUAUCCAAACUUAAUGAUCUUGUUCUAACUACUUGUAACAAUCCCCAUAAAUGCCCCUUUUCAAAAAAAUCCAACACCGGUUCUUACAGGAGAGAAGGCGCAGUGAUUCAGCAGGGAACACCUUUAAUCAGCAGCCUCAAAACUGACUAGCAGCUCUGAACCCAACCCCAACCAGAUCAGAGAAAAGCUGAGCUGGGAGAACUGUCAUUUAUCUUUCAUUGUACAAGUUUUUUUUUUAAACUUAAAAGCUUCUUCAAAUGGAUCAACUCCAGACAUUUUGGAACUUGCCUUUACGACUGCUGGGGGGAAAAAAAAUCAAGGACAACAUAAUCUUGUUAAAGGAGCAGCAUUGUCGCACUUUAAAAAGCAACACACCUGGAAUGCGAUCAGCAGCUGAGUAGGCCCAGUAGAACCCCACAGAGUCAGUGAGCAGGUUUUUUUUUUGCAGGUGCUGCUUGAUAACAUGGUCGGUGACUCCAUUGUCAUUUUACUGGUGAUGGAGCAGUAAUUGGCAGGGUUGGGUUUGUCUUGCUUUUUAAGUACAGGUCAAACCUGGGUAACUUUGAUUUUAAAUGCUACUAACAGCGAUGCUAAACGUAUGCCCCCAAAUGUAUUAACCGAGGCCUCUGGAUUAUUUAAUUCAGUGACAAUUCCACAAGGCCAUUUCAGUGUGCAGGCUGAAAGGAUUAAUUGUGAAGCUGUUAUUGAGAACGUCACCACCAACAUCCAGACUAUCUGUCUGAAGUCAGUUUCCAGCUCUCCAGUAAUGUCAACAAAAACAAAACUCUGCCCCUCUUAGAAACAUGGAAUAUAAAUAGAAACAGAGGGAUUGAGAGGGAUGGGGCAGAGACACAGACACUGUUCCACCCGGAUGACCUUUCAGCCGAGUGCCUCCUUGGGUUGCUCCCAGUUAUUUUGGCUGAAACCUGAGUGUCAGUCAAAUGGGGAGGGUUCCUGGUUGUGGCAGAGAUUUGAUAGUCACACUUUCUGGUGUUACGUUGAAACACAUGCUGCCAUUGCCGUUCUGAGGGUGUACCUUUAUCGGAACUGUAUAAAUUUUCAGAAUGACAGUGAUGCUUACAAAGCUGAGAGCUGGUAUGGCAUUGGUGCUCUGUGUGAUUGAUCUAAUGUAUAAAACAGCUUUUUGAAAUACGAUAGUGAAUGCCUGAAAGCAUUCCAGGCUGUGAUAUGUGCCUACAGUGAGUGACAGUCAACAGAAGCCAGCCUCUGUCAGCCCUUUUAAUAGAGAGGAGGAGGAAACUCAGAAUUCAUGUUCUACAAAAAUAAUCCCCAGUUUUAAAAUGGCCCUAACUCCUCAACAUACAGCAAUGGCACAAUAUGCGGCAUUCAGUCAGUGACAGACCUUCGACUAAUAAGAUUUAGUGCUGGUUGCACCACUAGUAAGGGCUACAUGACAGAAAAACGGGUGACUGUCAGGAAGACCAGUAAGUGUGGUCUGGCAGUGCAGGAGACCCCUGGGGCCAAUCCCAUCUCAAAACAGGUAUAUCAUUUUGGAUAUUGUUGGAUAAGUCCUCUCCGGAGAAAGCAGCAGCUGCAGCUAGAUCUGUAGCACCUUGACAGCCACUAUUGUGUAGCGGGAAGGGUUGAAGCUUAGGCAAAUGGUCGUAAUGGGUGACUCUUAUAGCCAUGACAGGCAUUUCUGUGGCUGUGAAUGAGACUCCAGAAUGGUGCAUUAUUUCACUAGUGCCAGAGGCAAGUAAGUCCCAGUGGGCACAGGAUAUUCUGAAGGGGGAGGCAGGGCAACCAGAGGUACUAAUGACAUAGGCAGGAAGAGAGUUGAGGUCCUGUAAAGGGAUUUUAGGGAGUUAAUUGGGAAGUUAUAAAGCAGGACCUCGAUGGUUGUAAUCUCAGGAUAACUCCCUGUGCCACCUGCCAAUGAGGCUAGGAAUAAUAAGGUAAUACAGUUGAACUGGUGUAGGAGAAUGUGCUUCAGAAAUCUAGGUCACUGGUAUCUCCUCCAGGCAAGAAGGACUGUUGCCCCUAAACUGAGUGGCACCCACAUAUCUGCAAGAUUUGUUAGUGCCACUUGGGAAGAUUUAAACUAGUGUGGAAAAGGGGGUGGGUACCAGAGCAGUAGGUCUGCGUGUGGAAUGUUUGAAGAGAAGAGUAGGACUGAAUCAAGAAAGUAUGGUAGGAAGAACAGGCAGGGCCAGGUUAAUGAUCAUGGUGGGUUGAGAGGUCUGAAAUGUAUUUAUUUUAAUGGAAAGAGCAUAACAGGUUAGUGAGAGACUGCAUUAGUACAUGGGACUACAAUUUGGGAACCCUGGAUGAUAAGAGAUACUGAAAGGCUAGUCAAAAAGCAAUUGUAUAUAAAGUUGAGGAAACUUAAAUCAGACAUGGCUCUUGAAGUAUAUAAAGGAAGCAGAAAAGAACUUGAACAAGAAGGAGUUGUGAAAUGCCUUGGAAAGUAACAUUAAGGCGAACCUCAAGGCAUCUUGUAUAUGUAUUAGGAACAAAGGGUAACUAGGGAAAAGACAGGUCCAUUCAAUGACAAAGGGGAGAAUUUAUGCAUGGCACCAGAGGAAGUGGGUGAAGUCCAUUUUAAACCAAGGGGAAAGAUUUUGCUGAUGGUAAGAUAAGUGAGGGCUAUGUUGAUAUUAAGAAAUGAGGUGUGUUGGGUGUCUUGAAAAACAUUAAUGUAGAUAAGUCCCCAUGGCCUGAUGGAAUCUAUCACAGGUUACUGAAGAAGGCCAUCGUAAGGACAGACUGACUGGCAGAGGGGGUGGGGUGGCCCUGGUGGUAAGGAAUGAUAUUCAGCCCCUUGUGCGGGGGGACCUAGAAUCAGGGGAUGUAGAGUCAGUAUGGAUAGAGCUGAGAAAUUCUAAGGGUAAAGACCCUAAUAGGAAUUAUCUACAGGCCCCCAAACAGUAGCCUGGAUGUAGUGUAUAAGUUGAAUAAGGAGCUGAAAUUGGUCUGUAUCCCAGGGUACUGAAGGAGUUGGCUCUAGAAAUCGUGGAUGCAUUGGUGAUCAUUUUCCAAUGUUCUAUAGAUUCAGGAUCAGUUCCUGUGGAUUGGAGGGUGGCUAAUGUUGUCCCACUUUUUAAGAAAGGAGGAAGAGAGAAAACCGAGAAUUAUAGACCGGUUUGUCUGACCUCUGGUGGGAAAAAUACUGGAGUCAAUGAUAAAGGACGAAAUUACGACACAUCUGGAUAGCAGUAACAGGAUAGGUCAGAUGGACUUAUGAAGGGGAAAUUAUGCUUGACUAAUCUUCUGGAAUUUUUUGAGGAUGUAACUCUGAAGAUGGACAAGGGAGGUCCAGUGGAUGUAGUAUACCUGGACUUUCAGAAAGCCUUUGAUAAAGUCCCACAUAGGAUGUUAGUGAGCAAAAUUAGGGCACAUGGUAUUAGGGGCAAAAUACUGAUAUGAAUUGAAAAAUUGGUUGGCUGACAGGAAACAAAAAUUUGUGAUGAACGGCUCCCUUUCAGAAUGGCAGGCGGUGACCAGUGGUGUGCCACAGGGAUCAAUGCUGGGACUGCAGCUUUUUACAAUGUACAUUGAUGAUCUAGAUGAAGGUAUUAAAAGUAAUAUUAGCAAAUUUGCUGAUGACACAAAAUUGGGUGGCAGGAUGAAAUGUGAGGACAAUGUUAUGAGAAUACAGGGUGACUUGGACAGGCUAGGUGAGUGGAUGGAUGCAUGGCAGAUGCAGUUUAAUGUGGAUAAAUGUGUGUUUAUCCACUUUGGUGGCAAGAUUACUACCUAAAAUGGAGUCAAGUUAGGUAAAGGGGCAGUACAAUAAGAUCUAGGUGUUCUUGUACAUCAGUCACUGAAAGCAAGCAUGCUGGUAUAGCAGGCAGUGAAGAAAGCCAAUAGCAUGCUGGCUUUUAUAACAAGAGGAAUUGAGUAUAGAAGCAAUGGGGUCCUUCUGCAGCUGUACAGGUCCCUGGUGAGACCACACCUGGAAUAUUGUGCGCAGUUUUGGUCUCCAAAUUUGAGGAACGACAUUCUGGCUAUUGAGGGAGUGCAUCGUAGGUUCACGAGGUCAAUUCCCGGAAUGGUGGGACUAUCUUACGCUGAAAGAUUGGAGCGACAGGGCUUGGAUAUGCUUGAGUUUAGAAGGCUGAGUGGGGAUCUGAUUGAGAUGUAUAAGAUUAUUAAAGGAUUGGACACUCUGGAGGCAGGAAGCAUGUUUUCGCUGAUGGGUGAGUCCCGAACCAGAGGGCACAGUUUAAAAAUAAGUGGUAGGCCAUUUAGAACAGAGUUGAGGAGAAACCUCUUCACCCAGAGAGUGGUGGGUGUAUGGAAUGCUCUGCUGCGGAAGGCUGUGGAGGCCAAGUCUCUGGAUACUUUCAGAAAAGAGUUGGAUAGAGCUCUUAAUGAUAGUGGAAUCCAGGGUUAUGUGGAUAAGGCAGGAACAGGAUACUGAUUGUGGAUGAUCAGCUAUGAUCAUAAUGAAUGGCCUACUCCUGCACCUAUUGUCUAUUGAGGCAAGGGGCGGGGGAGAUUGUUGUCACUAUUUUAGUCACAGAUGAAGUCGCAGAAGACUGAAGAAUAACCAAUGUUGUUGCUUUAAGAGCAACAAGGGUAAUCUAGGAAAUUAUAGGCAAGUGAGCCUUACAUCUGUGGUAGGGUAAUUAUUGAGAAAGUUCUUAGGGACAGGAUUUGGAGAAUAGACUUCUGAGGGAUAGCUAGCAUGGCUGUACCAGGUGGUCUUCUCUCAAAACCUGAUUUGAGUUUUUGAGUAAGAAACAAAAAUGAUUAAGGGUAAGGCAGCAGAUGUUAUCUGUGUGGGUUUUACUACAGCAUUUGACAAGGUCCAUCACGGUAAGCUGGUCCAGAAGAUCAAGUCACUUGGAAUCCAUGGGGAGUUGGCAAGUUCAGUGCAAAAUUAGCUUGGUCAUGGGAGACAGAGGAUUACUGACAGGAGGUCUGUGGUGAGCAAUUAAGUUCCACAAGGAUCAGUGCUGAUUUACACUGGAUGCCUUCUCGCAGAGUGCUUUAAGGAACAUCUCCAAGACACCUGCACCAAUCAACUCCACCACCCUGUGUCUGAACAUUUCAACUCCCCUUCCCACUCUGCCGAGGUCAUGCAUGUCCUGGGGCUCCUCCACCGCCAGUUCCUCACCACUCAGGAAGAACGCCUCAUCUUCUGCCUUGGAACCCUUCAACCCCAGGGCAUCGGUGUGGACUUCACCAGUUUCCUCACUUCCCCUCCCCCCACCUUACCCAGUUUCAAACUUGCAGCUCAGCACCAUCCUCAUGACCUGUCCUACCUGUCAAUCUUCCUUCCCACCUAUCUGCUCCACCUUCCUCUCUGACCUAUCACCUUUACCCCCACCUCCAUCCACCUAUUGCAUUCCCAACUGCCUUCUCCCCAGCUCCAGCCUCUCCCAUUUAUCUCUCCACCUCUGAGGUUUCUAGCCUCAUUCCUGAUGAAAGGUGCCUGCCCGAAACAUCGAUUUUCCUGCUCCUCAGAUGCUGCCAGACCUGCUGUGCAUUUCCAUCACCACUCUAAUCUUGACUCUAAUCUCCAGCAUCUGUAGUCCUCACUUUUGCCUAGUUGUAAAGGAGGUGUACUGCAUUUCUGCCUUCAGUCAGGCGCUGAGUACAAAAGUUGGCACAUUUGGACUAUUGGUUGCCUCAUUACAGGAAACAUAUGAAGCCGUUGGAGGGGCAUAAAAGAGGUUUAUCAGAAUGUUACCUGGAUUUGGAGCAUGUUAGUUAUGAGAGGUUGGACAAACUUGGAUUAGUUUCACUAGACAGUCAGAGGUUGAGGGGCGACCUGAUAAAAGUUUGAGGUGUAGAUAGUCAGUCUCUUUCCUAGGGUGGAAGUAUCAAAAACUAGGGAGCAUAUGUUUAAGGUGAGCAUGGGAAAGCUAAAGGAGAUGUGUGAGGUAAUUUAGUUUUUAACACAGAGUAAUAGGUGCCUGGAAUGCAUUGCCAAGGGAGGUAGAAGACCUGAUAGCAAUGUUUGAGUUGUUUAAGGCAGACAUGCGAACAGGCAGGAAAUAGAGGGCUUAUGCCCGAAAUGUCGAUUCUCCUGCUUCUUUGAUGCUGCCUGACCUGCUGCACUUUUCCAGCAACACAUUUUUAAACUCUGACCUCCAGCAUCUGCAGUCCUCACUUUCUCCUAGGGAAUGGAGGGAUCCAGAUCAUGUUCAAGCAGGUGGGAUUAGUUUAGUUUGGCAUCAUGGUCAGCACAGACAUGGUAGGCUGAAGGGUAUGUUCCAAUGCUGUAUUCUAUGUUCUGUGUAAUAGGCUGCAGUGAAAAGUGUGGUCGGUCUGUUCAGGGAGUUCUUUCUUUUAAAGAUGCAUGUGAGGGUGUGUGAACAAGCAUCAUGGCAGAGGAUAGGUGGCAAUGACCUGGACAAGUAUGUGGUUGAGACCUGGCAGUGGAGAAGCAUCAUGUUUUUACUUAUUAUGAAUAGGAUCAAAAAUUAUUUUCCCAAAGUAAGACUAUGUCAUUCUAUUACAACAGAUCUUUAUUAAAAACAGUGAACCAAACGCUCUAAUAAAUGUAUACAGUGAGAAAGUGAUCUUUAAUAUUAAUUUCAAUAUAUAUUAUCUCUGCCUCGGUGUACAGUUACAACCUUACAAUGAAAGCAAAUUUGAAGAUAGCCAAAACUCUCUUGCCCAUAUCCUAAAUCUUACCUAAGAAUUCACUACUACCCUCCACUGGCUGAAUGUUAAACCUCUCAUUCUUAUUUUGAAAAACCCUUAUGGCCUUGUCUGUUGCUAUUCCUGUAGCUGCAUAAUUUUCCACUAGCACUGCAGUCCUCAUCCUGAACUCUGGAGCAGCAUUUGAUUUUUAAUCAUUCCUCAGUUUCCUGGGUCCAAAAGUCUGGUGUUUCAUCCCUAUGACUCUCUGUUUCUUUCAAACACCAAGCUCUUAAUCACUGCCUAAGGAUCAUCUUUUGUGGCUCAGUGUCCAAUUUUAUUUGACCUUCUGAAGUUGUUGAACGAUCCAAUUCCAGUGACAUUUCCUGAAUGCAGUAGUUCAGUUAUGCAGUCAGUGCUACAGCAAUCAAACAAGCCAUACGGUUCAUUGAUAUUCCUGUAGUGUUGAGGCUAUUAUGUAUCACUGACAAUGAUCCUGUAACACUGUCAUAGCUUAACAUUCACGGCAUCAUAACUGAUAUUUUAAUACAGUUGAAUAUUUGUACAGUAACAUAAUCACAAUGAUCCUGCAGUAACAGUAAUACUCUUUGCAAAAUCACAGGAACACAGUAACAGAACGAGAGUAGCAAAGGGGCAUAAUAAUGCUGAAUAAAGGAGGCAUAUAUUAAGUCAGUCGACACAAUUGUCCCCUCUCCAUGCCCUUCAGUUACAGCUCCCCAAUAUACCCAUGCUGAUAAGUGGUAAAUAUGAGCACCACUGUCACUGUAUCAGUAUCAAA